AUGAACAUACACAAAAAAAAAAUAAAGAAGUCGACCCUAAAAAGCCUUCAUUCUGCUUUAAAAGGAAUGUUGAAAGACGAGGAGGGCAAAAAAUUAAAUCAAGAAGACUUUGGUGCCAAAGGUGCCUCUGAAACAGUGCCUUUAGUUAAUUCGACCAAGAUGCAGGUACUACCAAAAGAAGGUGCGUUUCAAACAGUAGAGGAUCAAGAGCAUGAGAGAAAACACAAUGGAAUAAUAUAUGUUAUGUCCAGGGAGCUGCACCCAAUACCAAAGCUGACUGACGAGCAGAUCAUGGCUCGUCACAAGAAAGCUGAUGAAAGCAUGAAGCAGGUUUGGUCUAACAUCAUUGCCAAAUACGAGUCUUUGGACUGCCAAGGAGAUGUAAUCGAUCUGCAAACGGGUGAAAUUCUCGAGGAUAACGGUCAUUUGCGUAAUAUUUCAUCAGAAAAUCAUAAUCAUCGCGAAGUCACUCAGUACAAAAGCAUCCUUCAGGAUAUUUUGGUCACAAAUGAAUGUCCAGAAGACUCUUCAAGUCAGAGCAUAUGGCAAGACGGGGAAACAGACGACGAAGAGGAUAAUGCCGAUUAUGUUCAAGAAAUGUCAGAGGGAGAGAGCACCGACAACGACAAAUAG